GGGGCGGGACAAGGAGGAGAGGAGGCGGCGGCGGCGUCGAGUGUGCGUUGAGGAGAGCGCGAGCGCGAGCGAGAGAGAGCGGGCGAGGAUGUGUGGAAUCUUUGCUUACCUGAACUAUCAUGUACCUCGCACAAGAAGGGAGAUCCUCGAAACUCUCAUCAAGGGACUUCAGCGCCUUGAAUACAGAGGAUACGACUCUGCUGGUGUUGGAAUCGAUGGCGGAAAUGACAAGAACUGGGAAAACAAUGCGCGUCAGAUACACUUGAUCAAGAAGAGUGGGAAAGUCAAAGUGCUGGAAGAUGCAAUUGAGAAGCAAGACGCCAUAGAUUUGGACAUUGAAUUUGAGGUACAUCUUGGAAUUGCGCACACACGCUGGGCAACUCACGGUGUCCCCAACUCACUCAACAGUCAUCCACAUCGCUCCGACAAGAAGAAUGUUCUGGAAGUCAAAUGGCAGCAAUACUACUGCUGCGCCACUGUGCCAUCCCUGAGCAUUUCUAAGCAUAUGUGUCAAUUUCUUCAAGACAUAUCUCUCUUAUUGCAGGAAAGCAAAGGUUAUGAGUUUGAAUCUGACACUGACACCGAAUCUAUUGCAAAGCUGGUCAAAUACAUGUACGACAACCGUGAGGAUGACAUCAGCUUUGCCACCCUGGUGGAGAGGGUUAUUCAACAACUGGAAGGUGCUUUUGCUCUUGUACUGAAGAGUGUCCAUUACCCGGGUGAAGCUGUCUGCACUAGGCGUGGGGGCCCUCUACUGAUAGGGGUGCGAAGUGAGCAUAGACUUUCAACCGACCACAUCCCUGUGCUGUACCAUUCAGCCAAGGAUAAGAGUAGCUGCAGCCUAACUCGUGCAGACAGCACAACCUGCCUGUUUCCAGUGGAGGAAAAAGGUGUUGAGUACUACUUUGCAUCAGAUGCUAGCGCUGUGAUUGAACACACCAACCGAGUGAUCUUCCUGGAGGAUGACGACGUGGCAGCUGUAGUGGAUGGAAAACUCUCCAUUCACAGAAUCAAUCGCAGAGCCGGGGACCACCCAGCUCGAGCCAUCCAGACCCUGCAGCUGGAACUGCAACAAAUCAUGAAAGGCAAUUUCAGCUCAUUCAUGCAGAAGGAAAUCUUUGAGCAGCCCGAAUCCGUUCUGAACACAAUGAGAGGAAGAAUCAACUUUGAUGAGAAUACAGUAAUACUUGGCGGUUUACAAGAUCACAUCAAGGAGAUUCUGCGAUGUAGGCGCUUGAUUCUCAUUGCCUGUGGGACGAGUUUCCACGCCGGUGUUGCUACUCGACAGGUGCUGGAAGAACUUACAGAACUGCCUGUCAUGGUUGAGCUUGCCAGCGACUUCCUGGACCGAAACACUCCCGUCUUUAGAGAUGAUGUCUGUUUCUUCCUCAGUCAAUCAGGGGAAACAGCUGACACUUUGAUGGCACUGAGGUACUGUAAGGAGCGGGGAGCCCUGAUUGUGGGUAUUACAAACACAGUUGGCAGCUCUAUCUCUCGUGAAACCGAUUGUGGUGUCCAUAUCAACGCUGGGCCUGAAAUUGGAGUUGCCAGCACAAAGGCUUACACCAGCCAAUUUAUCUCACUGGUGAUGUUUGCACUGCUGAUGUGUGAAGACAGAAUUUCGAUGCAGGAGAGGAGAAAGGAGAUUAUUCGGGGUCUGAAGGCACUACCAGGUAAACAAGUGGAGCAUUCAACGUCUAAAGUUAAUGCAUGCAAGCAUCUCUGGGAACCACAUCAGAAAAAAAAUAGCAAACACAGUCAAACAAGGCAAAUUACAGAACCAAACCUUUUAGCAACAGAACUGUACCACCAACAGAAAUCUGUUCUCAUCAUGGGCCGUGGUUAUCACUAUGCCACUUGUCUGGAAGGCGCAUUGAAAAUCAAAGAGAUCACAUAUAUGCAUUCAGAAGGUAUCCUGGCUGGAGAGCUGAAGCAUGGACCUUUGGCCCUGGUGGACAAAUUGAUGCCAGUGAUCAUGGUGAUUAUGAGGGACCACACCUACGCCAAGUGCCAAAACGCUCUGCAGCAAGUCGUUGCACGGCAGGGUCGACCAGUGGUUAUCUGCGACAGAGAUGAUUAUGAGACCAUAAAGAGCGUUAACCGGGUAAUAAAAGUGCCUCACUCCGUGGAUUGUCUGCAGGGGAUCCUCAGUGUCAUCCCACUUCAGCUGCUCUCCUUCCAUCUUGCUGUCCUGCGAGGAUUUGAUGUUGACUGUCCCCGAAACCUGGCCAAGUCGGUGACAGUGGAGUGACACGAAGCUGUGGAACCCAUGUGAAAGGCAGAAGGCCAAAACAUUUUAUAAUCUGAACAUACUCAACUUUUUUUUUAAUAUAUAUUUUAAGAAGUACAUUCACCAACUGGGAUAGAUCUUUCUAUUUUAUAUUUAGUGUAGUGCGAUUACAGUGGGCUAGGUCCAUUCCUCCAUUAUUAGAUCUAAAGGGAAAACAUUCGCAGUAGGGCUUUUUUCUAUAUUUUAUUUUGUGCAUUUUUUAUCUAUAUUGAUUAGUCAGUGUUGAGAUUGGGUCUAAAAUUAAGAUUUUUGUUUGGUCCUUGUCAUGUUUUAGUCUAUGUGGAACACUGAUCUCUAUUUGUCAGAACUGUUCCACAUAAGUGUUGCAACUUUUCCUUUGGACCAAUUAUUCACUGAGAUCACGAAGGAAGCAUGUGGCUAUGAACUGGAGUAAAGGUUGUGGAGGCGAUUGGGGCUCAGUUUGCUUUGCACGUUGGGAUGAGAGGUGAACUCUUGCAUUACCAUGUGCUGUUGUAACUCAGCAGGUCAGUCAGCAUCUGUGGAAGGAAUGGAGAGGCAACAUUUCGGAUCGGGACCAUUCGUCAGAUAGCUGCCUGACCCACUGUGAUCUUCUAGAGCUUUAAUUUUGUUCAGACCGAAAUGGAGCAAGAAUGGAGAGGAGCUGCAUUGAGAGAACCAUGGGAUGUCACAAAUUCCUUAUUUUGCAAAUCAGCAUCUCUUUAAUUGAAAAUUCUAAUUUUUUUUUCCUUUCCCUUGCUGUCCAUUUUGCUGCUGUCUUGAGAACUUUAAAACAUGUGUCACCAAAAAAAAAUAUCCUAGAUCCUAAAUUACUUGUUUCCCUCAUGUCCAUGUGACGGGUCCCUCGGUGUUCCUCGAGCUUUGCAGGUAUUUUAACGGGGUUUGUUUUAUUGAUUCGCAAUUAUUCCAAUUGCAACUAAUGUUGAACAUUCAAAGAGGAAAUUGUCCAUCUAAAAGAACAGGAAGUAGGGAUUUUGUAGUUAACAGGCCUCGCUCUUGAAAAUGGCAGGAGCUGUUAUGAGGUAUUUAGGCAGCUCACUCACUUGCACUUUUCCCAACCAUACAUUAAUAUUUUUCUUCAAAAUGUUGAGCGAAACACAAAUGUUUCAAAACUGACCAAUGAUUGUUUAGGCUAAACUGGGACCCCAUUGUCUGAAUGAUGUGAUAUUUAUGAUGGCUUAAUACUUUAUACUGUGAUUUUUUUUUUAAUUUAAUGCAAUCUUAAAUGAAUUUACAACUUGUGGAACAGAGUGUGUAGUAAUCUAUGGGGGUCCAUGGCGUCCCUUUGGAAAUGUGUCAGUAAAAACACAAAUGGUGGAAAAUCAGAUGAUGGCAAGCUUUUACAAUCAGUUUCAUAUUAAACUUUCUCCAAGGAUGUUCUUGCCUAUCUCCUUGGAUAAGUAGUGCUUUUGUGAUUAUGUGUAUUAUGAACACAUGGAGUCAGUUUAUUCUGAAACAGGCUUGUCUUCUGACCGUAGCUGCUUAAUUACGGUAUGAUUGAAAUGCAUGGAGAAUUUCAGGCUCCAGUACGGAGCAUUCUGACAUGAUGCACACAGGCAUUGCUUCUGGACCUGCCCUCUCCGAUCAAUGCUUUGUAAUGGCUUUAUAACAUAUCGCUCAAAACUGGAAAAAUUGAAGGAAAAUGUUGUAUUGUACUUUAAUGUAAAUAUGCAAACCCAAGUUUGUGACGUCUGAAUCAGUUGUGGACCUGACACCACUGGAUCUACUGCACAUUUGUACAAGAGCUGUGAAACUGGUCCGCACCCCACACAGUGUUUGAUUUGCCUCGACUCAUCGGAUGAAUGAUGGGGGGACAAUGGAAAGGGAUCUAAGAAUAAUUUUCCUUUCGCCUUGUCCAGCUCAACACCGCCCCUACCCAGCAUUCGUCUGUGUAGCAAUUAGCUGUGUGUUCACCUCCUUGUGAGUUUAUUCACCCUCAGUAUAGCAUGGAGUAAAUCUGGGGCCCUGGUCUGGGAAUGGAUUGUGGGCAAGCAGUUUAAUAACUGGAUUAUUUCAAGUAUUUACUGAGCCUACAAUCCAUAAUGUUGUAAAGCUACCUUUGCACUUGAUAGUGUUUUGCAGUCCCCCAUCUCCAUUACACAUUCCUAGUUGAGAAACAGUGGACACAGAUGCUCCUUCACAUUCAGCUUGAAUGGCAUUGAAUUUCAGCUGCAAAUAUAAUGGGAAUACAAUAGACACUGGGGUCUGUUGCAGUUCAACCAUCCUUUAAGAAAUCAGCUUGUCUUGUGUUGGAACUUUGAUUGUUGAGCAUAGUGACUGUGGUGAUGUUAGGGGCAACAUCAUCCUCCCAGAACGUAUGGUGAAUUGCAAAAUGCAAAAUAAACAUAAGCAUUGAACCAAAAUGAUUCAUAAUAACCACAACAAUCACAAUUUGUAAUAGAAUAACAAAAGACAUUCGCAAAGUUUUAUAUAUAUAUCUUUCAAGAUUGGCAUUCUUUGUAGUCAGAGAAAUGAUCAUAAGCCUUGUUAGCACAGUAUAUGCAGCAGUAGUUCAGGACAAAUAGGUGAUGCAAAAACAAUUAGUUAAUCCACAGGCUCCUCCGUUUCCAGUCCCCAACCAAUGUCAAGGUGAUGAAGGAGAUUAAGUAUGAAUAUCAAUGCAUAGUCUAGGGGGGUUGUGUGUGUGUGUAUGUUCUGAUUACUAUGUAUAAACGUACUAAAACUAAACAUAAAAUAACAUGAGAAGUAA